AUGAUAGAUUUGUCUGCCAGCUCAGAUAGCUUUGAUCCAACGGACACGCUGCUUCGAGUAAGGCUCCCGCCCGAGUUCCUAUGGUACCUGCACCUGAACGAGCCAACAUGGGUCGUCGGGGAGCAAAGGCAGUUGCUUUUCCUCACGCUUGACGUUUUCCGCAGGCUCACAGGUGAUGUCGGCACCGAGGAAGAAGAUGAUGUCAUCAUCGUUGUCGUUUUAAUGUUGUCCAUGCCAAGGUUGGAGUUCGACGGCACCUUUCGCUUUGAUGAAUCUGCCAUUCUCAACCUGGAAUAUAUAGAAACGGAGUCCAAAUCUCUGCUCUGGUAA